ACCGACGACCAUAAAUAGUGCAGAGGUCUCUGCAUGAGACUAAUACCACUCUCUUAAAUAUUUAGCGGUUUGCUGAUUGUCCUAUCCGUGUCCUUAACAUUGACGUCUACAGAACGUCUAAGAGGUUUGAAGGGAUUGGGGAAAAUCUCUUUGUCGUCAAGGCAUAACCUUGUGGUAUUUUUGUACAGUUUAAAGACCUCCCCACGUUGAAAAGUCGUUAUGCUGUAGUGGAUGUUGUAUCAUAUUUCGCGUUAUGACAGCGGACCGUGUACCAAAAUAACGGUGUCUGUCGAGAGUGACGCGAUACCUUAGAUCGAUCGCUCAUUUGUUGUGCAUCAUCUAGAGGGGGGUAAUGAAAUGUGGAUCGCUUCGCAAGGCAAAGGUCGGCGGUGGCAGUGAACUUCUGUAGGUGCGUCUUGUGAAAAGCAGACCGUUCUCGGAACUACGUGACCCUAAGCUUUCGGCACGUCAUUUUUCGCAAAUUCCGGAGUCAUCAUUAAGAGAGACGACGCGGAAACAACAAUGGUGAAAGUGCGCUUCGGUCUGGUUACCUAUGUGGAGGAGGAUGUCACUGUCUCCUUGGUCGGUUCAGUGAAGGAGCUAGGGGGAUGGAACCUGUCGAAAGCCAUCCCUCUUCACCCGGCGGUUCCCCCCGAGACCACCGCCGAGCCUUCCUUCUGGGUCUGCGACGUCGAACUCUACAGGGGAAGCGAGCCCGCCAUCUUUCAGUACAAGUUCGUCAGGAGGGCCGCUGGUGGGGAGGGGGGCGAGUGGGAAUGGGAGGGGAGCGGCCCCGGUCACAACAGAUGGUGGAUCCCGGAGGAAGAGGAGAAGAACAUGGUGGGGAACGGCGUGUACCUGACCCCGGUGGCCACGUGGAAGGAGCCGGACGGAGACCCGCACACUCUGGAGCACACGGCGAGCUUCUACUACAACAUCUGCGACUCGCGGACCAUGCACUACUCGGAGGUGGUGGAAAACCUGUGGGUGGGGUCCUGUCCCCGCAUCCCUGCGCACAUCACACACGGGAUGAAGACAGCCCUGGGCGUCACGGCAGUCAUCAACCUACAGAAGGAGGAGGACGUCUGUACAGACUCCGCAGGCUGCUGCCCUGAAGUUCGCUGUACAGACGUCCCUGAAAACCUCUCUCAGCUGUAUGCAGAACACGGCAUCUCCUAUCUCUGGAUUCCGGCUAACGACUGGGAUCCUAAGAGCAAGGUUGGAGUGCUCCCCGCCGCCGUGUACAAGCUAUGGGAACUCCUGAAGAGCGGCCACCACGUCUACGUCUACUGCAACGCCGGCAUCAUCCGGUCCGUGCUGGUCGUCUGUGGGUACCUGUACUACGUCCUGGGCUGGCCGUACAGAGUCAUGGAGUACCACGUGUGCUCACAACGGCCUGUGGCCUGCGUCGAUCAAGACAUCAUCCUAGAAGCCGAGAAAGAGUUUCAAGAGAAGUUCGGGAGCGACGUCCUAGCGGAGAGAUGCACGGAGAGUCCUCGGUCGUACCAACCUCAGCCGCCGCCGAAGAUACCCGCUAUACAAGCGGCACAAAGUGAACAGCAACCUACCGAACAGAACGCCGAUGAGGAAGACCCUCACUUCGUAGCUAAAACUAAAAUAGUUCUCCGUAGAACGGUGGAUUUUCCAUCGGAAGAGGGGGAAGAGUAAGGUUCGAAUCCAAAGUAAUUAAUUUAGUUCAAUGUGGGUUGUUACUGAAAACGUCUUAAGUACUUUGAACUGUUGUUUUCCUUUGAAAUACUUUGGAAUGAUAGUUAAGUUUGCAUAUGUACGUAUCGC